CAAACAUGGUCCAAAAUUAGCCUUGUUGGAUCUUUUUAUUGUUUGAAUAUUGUUGACCAAUUUCUUGUCGUGUUGGAUAUUUUUUUGCUCAUUUUAGACACUUGUGCACUAUUUUGUGUGAUUUUUGAGUCAUCUUGGACAAAAAAUCUGAAUUGUUUUGAACAUUUUUUUAUUAUUUUGCACAUUUUUUAUAUUUUGGGCAAUUUUUUUCUUGUAGUUAGCUCGUUUUCUCUCCCAGUUUGAAGUUUGUUUCUUCUCGAUGUCACCGUUAUUUUCACAGAGCUGCUGGUGGAGAUAAAAUGACGAAAGUUAUGAAUCAGUUUCGUCUUUGCAGCUUCAGUCAUGCAGGUGCUUUGUCCUCCACAGGUGAACAGGAAGCUCACCUCAGGGUGGUGCUGGUCGGUAAAACUGGAGCUGGGAAGAGCGCCACAGGAAACACCAUCUUAGGAAGGAAGGAGUUCAAAUCCACGUCUUCCACCUGUUCUCUGACGGCCGAGUGUCAGAAGGAGGCCACAGAGUUCGGAGGUCAGACGCUGGCCGUGGUCGACACUCCAGGUCUUUUCGACACCGGAAGAACUCAUGACGACGUGAAGAUGGAGAUCGCUAAGUGCAUCUCCUUCGUUGCUCCUGGUCCUCAUGUGUUCCUGGUGGUGAUCCAGCCGGGAAGGUUCACCGCAGAAGAGCAGCAAACGGUGAAACUCAUCCAGGAGCUGUUUGGGGAGAAGGCAGCAGAAUACACCAUGGCCCUGUUCACCCGUGGAGACGAUCUGGAGGACGAAGAUGUCUCCGUGGAGGAGCUGAUCGGCGACAACAAAGCUCUGCAGGACUUCAUCGGUCAAUGUGGAGGGACGUACCACGUCUUCAACAACAAGUCCAAGGACCGGAGUCAAGUGGGAGAGCUGUUGAAGAAGAUCAACACUCUGGUGCAGAAGAACGGAGGCCGAUAUUACACCAACGAGCUGCUGCAGGAGACUGAGAAGGCCAUCAGGGAGAAGCAGCAGCAGCUCCUGGAGGAGAACCCCGACAUGAAGCCCGAAGAGGCCAGAAAACAGGCAGAGAAGGACAACGCCUUCAUCAACGCCAUCACUCUCGGGGCUUCAAUCGGAAUGUCACUGGGUCCACUGGGAGCUUUAGUGGGGUUGGGGAUCGGAUUAUUUGUGGGAGGAAUUCAGACUCUGAAGAACGAGAAGAUGUGUGUCAUCCAGUGAAUAAAAUCAACCAGAGUAGAGAAACAAUUUUCAGCUGAUUCUUUAUCUACAGUAACCUUCGUGUGUUUAACGAAGUUUUACCUUCAUAAUAUGAAUAUUUUCAUUUACAAGCCCUCUGAAAUGCAAAAAAAAAAAAAAAAAUUCAAAA